GCUAUAGGGUCUGCAAACUAUGGGAUGCUGGUAUGAGGUAUGGUAGUGAUUAGGACUUUGGUAUGGCAGUGAUCAGGAUGUUAGCAUGAGGUAUGGUGGUGAGCAGGACGCUGGUAUGGCAGUAGUUGGAACGCUAGUAUGGGGUAUGAGGGUGAUCAGGAUGCUGGUAUGGGGUAUCGCAGUGAUCAGAACGCUGGUAUGGCAUACAGGGUGAUCAGAAUGCUGGUAUGGGGCAUGACAGUGAACAGAAUCUGGAAUGGAGUAUGGCGGUGAUCAGAAUGCUGGUAUGGUGUGUGGCGAUGAUCAGGGUGCUGGUAUAGCAUAUGGCGGUGAUCAGAGUGCUGGUAUAGGGUAUGGUAGUGCUCAGGAUGCUGGUAUGGAAUAUGGCAGUGAUCAGAAUGCUGGUAUGGGGUAUGGUGGUGAUCAGGACACCGUUAUGGGGUAUGGCGGUGACCAGGAUGCUGGUAUGGGGUAUGGCGGUGAUCAGGAUGCUGGUAUGGCAUGACGGUGA